UAUUUUAUUAUAUUUUUUUUUUUUUUUUACUUUUUUUUAAUUUUUUUUUUUAUUCAAGCUUUUAUACAAAAGUAUGUCGACUCGUCACGCAAGAAUUGCCGAUAGAGCAACUAAUGAAAAAAAUUCAAAGACAUUGAAGGCUCUUCUUCAAAAAACACCAAAUAAAUACUGUGCUGAUUGCAAGAAGAAAGAUGCACGUUGGGCUUCAUGGAAUCUUGGCAUUUUCAUUUGUAUACGUUGUUCUGGUAUACAUCGUUCUUUAGGUGUUCAUAUUAGUAAAGUAAAAUCCGUCGACUUGGACACCUGGGUAACAGAUCAGGUUGAGAAUAUGGUUCGUUGGGGGAAUGAGCGCGCAAAUAAAUAUUGGGAAGCUAAUUUAAAAGACAGAAAGCCUCCAGAAGGUAAUAUGGAAAUGUGGAUUCGUGCUAAAUAUGAACAAAAGAGAUGGGCAAUGAAAGGACCCAUUCCUGAUCCUAGUACACUCGGUGGAGAUGAUGAUGAUAAUGAUGACAAAAUUCAAGCAUCUCCUGCUUCUUCUUCAGCAGCUUCUUCUGUUCGUCAAUCACCUGCACCUCAAAAGCAAACACAGAAACAGCAAUCAGAAUUUGCAAAUUUGGAUGCAUUCUUAGGAUCACCUUCUUCUUCACCUUCCGUUAAACAUCAAAAUGUUAAACCUGUCAGUCAACUCCAAGGUGCUGAUUUCUUUUUUGAUAAUGAUACAUCUACUAGUAAUAAUACUACACAGCAUACUAAUUCAACUAUGUCCUCAACAAAACAAAAUUCAACACAAAAACAUGAUGACCUGAAAUCAUCUAUUUUGUCUUUAUAUAGUAAUAUGCCUGCAGCAAUGCCCUCUUCUCAACAACAACAACAACAACAAACUAUGUAUGGUAGAAACAAUUUUACAAGUCAAAUGGCAGGUUUAAACUUGGGAGGGAAUAAUAAUAGCACUAUGUGGGGAUCCUUCAUUUCUGCCAAUUCCAACCAACAGCAACAGCAGCCCCAAGGAAGUCAAUUUUUCUCUUCAUCAAAUACUACUACUGCAGCUAAACCGUCUGAAAAGAAAGAUGUAUUUGCAGAUUUAUUAGGUUAAAAUAGAUUUUUAGAUUUAAUUAAAAAAAAUAAAGAAAAGAAAAGAGAGAAAGAGACUCUUCUAUCGGAAUACAUUUAUUGAUAAAAUAUGAAAGAGAAUGAGAGGGGGAAAUGGGAUAUCUAUUAUCAAAAGUUACAAUAAUAGCUCUAAAUAAAC